UCGUUGGGAUCGUAGCCUACUUUGAAGCAGGCGGGUUGGGCCAGGCUCCAAUAAAUGUACACCGACCGACCGACCGACCGGGGGAGCGGAGCAAAGUCUGUUGCAGACACGCGGGUUUAAUCUCCAGGAACAGAGCGGUAAAGCAACUCAAAGUGUGAAAAGAGACGUUGUGGCUUUGGUGUAGCCCCGCUUCUUCUCGCCUUCAUCUCUGUAGCUGGCAGAAACCAAUGUAGGCUAGUGAUUGGAGUUGACAAGCCCGCUCCACUAACUACUGUAUGCGCUCUCUCCCCCUCCUCUCCCGCUCCACACAACCAGGAAAUCGUCGAGGUGUGCUUCUUUAUAUCGCUAGUGGCUACCCCGUUUGCGGGUGUAGAUGUGUUUUUUUCCGCCGAUUUUUCUCAGUUUUUUAUCUCACUAGUUUGACUUUUAAAGCCGGGCUUCAGCUCUGAAGUCAGCCAAACUUGCCUACGAGGAGAGGACCUCCACUCUGGCCGAACAAUGAGUGAGUCGAGUAUUUGCCAGGCUCGGGCCACUGUGAUGAUCUAUGACGAUGGCAAUAAGAAGUGGCUGCCAGCAGGUACUGGACCCCAGUCCUUCAGCAGAGUCCAGAUCUAUCACAACCCCACCAACAAUGCCUUCAGGAUAGUGGGACGCAAGAUGCAGACAGACCAGCAGGUGGUUAUAAACUGUCCAAUCGUGAGAGGUCUCAAGUAUAACCAGGCCACACCCAAUUUCCACCAGUGGAGGGAUGCCCGGCAGGUGUGGGGGCUCAACUUUGGCAGCAAGGAGGAUGCUGCUCUAUUUGCCAAUGGCAUGGCUCAUGCUCUGGAGGUGCUCAACUCCAUAGCAGAUGCAGGCUAUGCAACCCUCCCGCGCCCAGUGUCAAAUGGACCUUCCCCAGAAGAGCUUGAACAACAGCGAAGGUUGGAGCAGCAGAGAUUGGAACAGCAGGAGCGGGAGCGACAGGAGAGAGAGAGAUUGGAGCGGGAGCGGCAGGAAAGAGAGAGACUGGACAGAGAAAGACAUGCUGCUGCAGUCCCUAUUCCUCCAGCUCCACCGUUGGCCCUUGGAGGCCCCGCCCCUCCACCGGCCCCUCCUCCACCCCCCGGACCUCCUCCGUCUGCUGGUAUCCCUCCCCCGCCGGGACCACCUCCCUCAGGACCUCCGCCGGCCCCACCCCUGCCUGCUGCAGGAGGAGGAGGAGGUGGUGGCAAUGAUGGUGGGGGACUUGGAGGAGGAGGGGGCUUGGCGGCGGCCCUAGCAGGAGCUAAACUCCGCAAAGUAGCCAAGCAGGAGGACGGAGCCCCUGCAACUCCGAUAGGCAGAGCUGACUCCAACCGCAGCAGCAACUCCUCUAUUGGAGGAGGCGGCGGAGGAGGAGGAGGUGGUGGAGGAGGAGGAGGAGGAGGCGGAGGCGGAGGAGGUGGUCUGAUGGGUGAAAUGAGUGCCAUCUUGGCACGAAGGAGAAAAGCUGCAGACACUGGAGAGAAGCCACCUCUGAAGACACAGGAUAAUGAUGAUUCAGAGCCUCAAGGUCAAAGUGACACCAUGAGAAGACCUUGGGAGAAAUCGUCUAUGACCAGGAAUAACUCCAUCCCCAAGAGCAUGGACUCCACUUCCUCAUUGUCCCAAGGGUCCAGGGCAAAGCCUACAGGAAACAGUAAUGAUGCAGGUGGAAUGGAUGACUCAGAAUUAGAAAAAAUGAAACAGGAGAUCCUGGAGGAGGUGCGGAAAGAACUACAAAAAGUCAAGGAGGAAAUUAUCGGAGCCUUUAUUCAGGAGCUGCAAAAGAGAAGCACAUAGUUCUGCUGCGAGUCAGGUGUAUAGGAGGGAUGUGAUAGAUGGAGGUGGUUGAGGCUCGUUGGGACCUCUCCUCCACUGCGCCCUCCCAUGUAGCCCAGGGAUUUCUCUUUUUCUCCUACACAUUUUCUCUUUUCUCUUUCUCUUACACCAACACAUGUGAGCAUCCUUGCUUGUGUGUACAUCAUGCAUAUUCACUUCAUGUAACCCGGGGGACCUCCUCGCAUCACCAUCCGGCACUUUUGAUGAUCACUCACUAACAUUGCGGCAGUGAUCCCAUCUAUCCCAUCCCCUUGUGUCCUCUGUGUUCUGUACUUCUGAACCAAUUCAAAGCAUAUAGCUACAGCCAUAGUUGUUCUUCCAAUUCGUUGUCAUGUACACUCAUCAUAACCCUCUUUUCUGCAGAAAUCCUGUUACUUGUUUCUUCUCCCUUCUGCUAUCAGACACAGCAUUUACUGAUAGAGCAGUCUUCAGUAUUCAGGGACAAUGUAUUAGUCACAUUUUUACUGUAAUAGCAAGAUGCUGGGAUCCUUUUUCUCUCUUUCUCAGUUUGCAAACAAUUGUUCAACCUCAAACACUGCUACAGAUAGUUCAGACAUCUGUUAGUAGGCUGUUGUCUCUAAUGGUAGUUGGAGGUGGAAAAACAACAAUAAUCAAGGAUGGAUCAGAGACCCCAACUCCUUGAUUACUGCAGUGUCUCUCCAUCAAGUGGACUUUCAGCUCCCAGCAAUGGCUUAGAACUAAAACAGCACAACACAAGCCUUUACUGCUGCAAGAUAGAGAAGUUAGAGGAAGAGGAGACAAGCAAAGGGAAUCUGAUGGACAACCUGAGUGCUGUGAAAGAGGAGUGUGUUGUAGUUUUAUGAUGUGUGAGAAAUGUAUUCUCUUUGCAUUGCACUUGUUCCAGAGGAAGUGUGUCUGUGUGCCACACGCCUUGACAGACUAUUCCCUCUCACUCAAAAUGAGAUAUUUGUUGGCCAGUGCAGUGGUCCUACACUGUGCUUCCGCUAGUUAUUUUCUUCCAUUCUAGCUAUGUUUUCUAACUUUGGAACAUGAAAAAUGGCCAUGAUGAGGUCAAUUAAUUUGUCCAUGACCAACUGCCUUGAGAAUAAAUAUAUAAAUAUAUAUAUAUGGAAAAUAUAUAUUUGUUUUGAGGGAAAAUGUUAGCAAAAAUUAAAUGGUGUUUCUAUUUUAAUUGAAAUGACUGGUGAAUGGGGAUUUUGUUUUUCCUUUUUUUCAAUGAUUGUUUUCUUAUGAAAUGUUAUUUUGGGUUUACUGUUUCUUUUUUCUAAUAGAGUCUAGGCUUUUUACACUGAAAUAUUAAGAAAACAGCUUAGAGACACUGGAUUAGAAAUGCCUUUAUAGUCGAAUACAGCUGCUUCUUGAAAUGCA